AUGGUGGCCAACCGAACGGUGCAGCUCCACGAAGACAUGAUCAACAAGGCUCUCGGAGCCUGGGUGUCACUCUGGCGCAUGUCCGACACGGCCGAGAUGUACUUCAACAGGGUCAUCGGCCUCAACAACAUGGCCUACAACCUGUCCACCAGCGCUGCUCAGACCUUUGACGACUUUACCAGCAUUCCCUGGGUGACUCGGUUCCGCAAUGAGCUGGUGUGCAACCUCAACUUUAGGCAGCGCGACCAGGACGACAGCACCACCACUGACUUUGCCUUUGCCUUCCCCGACUACUGCGUGCAAAGCAUGGCCUCCACCAGCUUCACCGGCGACACCCUGUCGGAGCUGCAUCAAGCGAUGUUGGGCGGUAACGAGGAGCUGCUGCUCAACAACGACUACAACCAGAUCUCGCUGAGCUGCGCGACGCCCGACAGCGGCGUGAGCAGCACGUACAAGUGGUACUGCUGGAUGUACUUUGUCCAGCUUUCCGCGGUCAUCGACUCCGACACCUGCCUGUGCGCUGCGGACAGCUGCUGCCCCAGCAGCCUUGGGCUUUGA